AUGGUCUCUCUGCUGAGCGGGCUGGCAUUCCUGGCUGGCUCCUUCCUGCUCCUGAAACUUGGCACCUUCUACUGGAAAAGGAGCCGCCUUCCCCCCGGUCCCUUCCCCUUGCCCGUCCUCGGCAACCUGUGGCAGCUAAGCUUCCAGCUGCACCCAGAGACGCUGUUCCAGCUGGCUGAGACCCAUGGCCCCGUGUUCACCAUGUGGGUCGGCCCCACGCCGGUUGUGGUGCUGAGCGGCUUCCAGGCCGUGAAGGACGUGCUGAUCUCCAACUCCGAGCAGUUCUCGGGCAGGCCCCUCACGCCACUCUUCCGUGACCUGUUUGGAGAAAGAGGCAUCAUCUGUAGCAACGGGCACACGUGGCGGCAACAGAGACGCUUCUGCCUGGUGACGCUCCGCAGGCUGGGCUUGGGCAGACAGGCGCUGGAGCUGCAGCUACAGGAUGAGGCGGCAGAGCUGGUGGAGGCCUUCCGCCGAGAGCAGGGUAGAGCCUUCGACCCUCAGGUCGUCAUUGUCAGGACCACGGCCAGAGUCAUUGGGGCCCUCGUCUUUGGCCGUCGCUUCCUCUCAGAGGAGCCCAUCUUGCAAGAACUGACUCAAGCUGUAGACUUCGGCCUGGCCUUCGUCAGCACCGUGUGGCGCCGGUUGUACGACUUGUGUCCCUGGGCCCUCCGCCACCUGCCAGGGCCCCACCAGCAGCUGUUCAGGUACCGAGAGGCUGUGGGAAGCUUCAUCCGCCAUGAGAUCUUCCAGCACACGCUCAGGGAACCAGAGGCCCCCCAAGACUUCAUCAGCUGCUACUUAGCGCAGAUUUCCAAGGCUGUGGAUGACCCAGUCUCCACAUUCAAUGAGGAGAAUCUGAUCCAAGUGGUGAUCGACCUGUUCCUGGGCGGCACCGACACCACAGCCACCACCCUGCGCUGGGCGCUCAUCUACAUGGUCCAGCAUGGAGCUGUGCAGGACAGAGUACAGCAUGAGCUGGAUGUGGUGCUGGGCCCUGCCCCGACCAUCUGCUACGAGGAUCGAGAGCGCCUGCCCUUCACCCGCGCUGUCCUUCACGAGGUGCAGCGCCUCAGCAGCGUCGUGGCGGUGGGCGCCGUGCGUCAGUGCGUGACAUCCACAAGGGUGCACGGCUACUAUGUGCCCAAGGGCACCAUCGUCCUGCCCAACCUGGCCUCUGCGCUGUGUGACCCCGAGCACUGGGAGACCCCUCACCAGUUCAACCCUGGCCACUUCCUGGACAAGGAUGGAAAUUUUGUGGUGAACGAAGCCUUCCUGCCAUUCUCUGCGGGACAUCGGGUGUGCCCGGGGGACCAGCUGGCCCGAAUGGAGCUCUUCCUGAUGUUUGCCACUCUCCUCCGGAGCUUCUGGUUCCGGCUGCCGGAGGGGAGCCCAGGGCUCAGGCUGGAGUACAUCUUUGGGGGCACCCUGCAGCCCCAGCCCCAGGAGAUCUGUGCCGUGCUGCGCCGGAUCAGCCCCAGCCCAGGCCCCAGCGAGGAGGGCCUGUAG